AUGGCCGGGAAGAAAUACCAGCCCCUCACCCUCACGCCCAUCGACUUCUCGCUCACCGAGGGCACCUCGAUUCCUGCACCAGCCGACACCCCCCCGGAUACUCCGCGCCCACCCACGCCUGGAAAGGGCCCCCUUUCGUCGCAUCCCACCCCGAAGUCUGCCGUCUUCCCUCACCACGAAGCGACUCCGCCCACCAAGGAGUCCUCCGAAUCGACAACAGAGCCGGACCUCCACCAGACUGCGACCAAUGAUGCCUCGAGCACCAUGUCGCCUUCGAGCCCGUCGAACAGGCGCCCUUCUUCGGUUCGCAAGUUCCUAGGGCUGCGCCCGCUCUCGUCACACGACAGCCUGAAGGCGGAGAGACCGGGCUCGCCGGCUACAAUUGGCAGCCAGCCAAGCCUGUCAAGGAAGAAGAGCGGUAGUUGGUUCGGCAAGAGCAAGAGGCAGAGCUCCUUCAUCAUCGGAUCCCUACCAGAAGGUAAAGAGAGCAGCUCAAACUACCAAGCGAACGGCACCAAGUCGCCACCAGCGAAGAAGGGCCCGCCACCCCCAGCGUUACCAGAGCUCAAAACCUUUGGCGUCAGUUCAGAUUUGGGAGCAGACGACAUGUUCAAGGGCAUAAACUAA